AUGGCUGACUUCAACACCGAGUCAACACUUGGAUUAAGCGAUGAUUCCUUUGACUUCAUUGUUAUCGGAGGAGGCACAGCCGGUCUAGUCGUGGCCAACCGGCUCACUGAAGAUCCCCGGACUCGCGUCCUAGUUCUUGAAGCUGGAACAAAUCGCCUCGACGAUCCUCGGAUUACAGUUCCAGCAUUGUCUUUGCAGGCGUUUGAGGAUCCGGAUUUUGAUUGGAAUUAUCUUUCAGUCCCACAGAAAGAACUAAAUGGCCGGCAACUGUUCAUAAACCAGGGUCGCACGCUGGGCGGAUCUUCGACUAUCAAUAUGGGGAUGGUUAUUUACCCUUCGCGCUCCGGCAUGAACGCAUGGGAGGGACUGGGAAAUCCCGGUUGGGGUUGGGAGGGCCUGUCUCCCUACAUCCGAAAGUUCCACACUGCAGCACCUCCCUCGGAGGGAGGCCAACAGACCCUCAAACAGAUUCUGUAUGAACAGAAAGAUGUGGGCGAUAAGGGACCCGUGAAGGUCUCUUUCGGCGAUCAGUACAUGCCAUACUAUAGUGCAUGGAUGGAAAGCUUCAAGGCGUUGGGAUAUCCGCAGACUGAAGACCCGAUAAAUGGUGCUGGUACAGGUCCCUUCGUCAGUCCCAGUGCCGUAGACCAAGCCACACACACUCGAAGCCAUUCUGCUGCUGCAUAUCUCGGAGAAAAUGUUCGUUGUCGGCCGAACCUUCGAGUUGUGACUGCUGCGCGGGUGGAGAGAAUCGUCCUGGAGAAGCGCGGCGACGAAGCAAUUGCCACUGGUGUAUCUUUCUCCAGGGGGCAAGAACGAUUCGUCCUCUCCGUCAAGAAAGAAGUAAUUCUUGCCGCUGGAACAACCCAAACUCCCAAGAUUCUGGAACUAUCGGGUAUCGGCGACGAGAAACUCCUGCAAUCCCUCGGAGUCCCCACAAUCGUCGACAACCCAAGCGUUGGCGAAAAUAUGCAGGAGCACGGCCUGGUCCCGUAUUCAUAUGAAGUAGCAGAUGGCCUUCCAUCUGGCGACAUGGCUCGUGAUCCUGAGUUUGCAACCGCUGCCAUGGCCGCAUAUCAAAAAGAUGGAUCUGGUCCUCUGGGAUAUGUCCCAUUCGUAUCGGCAUUUAUGCCGUGUCUGGGCCUUUCACGCGAAGCCAGAAAUGAGAUGGUCGAGAUCAUCAAGGCCACAAUUACGAAUCCUGAUACGUCAAAGCCGGUUCGCAAACAAUUAGAGGCCCAGGUAAAGCUCCUAGAGAUCCCUGAAGAGACCACAGGGCAAUACAUCCUGGCUCCGUUCCAAAUUCACUCUCGGGAGAGGACUCCCCGGCAAGCCUUCAGCCCCAGUCACCCUGGUUUAUUUAUGACCAUUGCCGUUGUGCUCAGUCACCCAUUUUCGCGCGGAUCAGCACAUAUCAGCUCGGCAGAUUUCCGCGAUGCAUCGAUCAUUGAUGUUGGCACGUUCACGAAUCCCAUUGAUCUGGAGCUGCUUGCGAGACAUUGUCUUCUGGCAAAUAAGCUUAUGGAGACGGAGCCUUUGGCUUCGCUGAUGAAAAAAGACGGCGCUCGAUUGCACGCGGCUGGCCCGUUAGAUCUAGACAAAGCGAAGGAAUUGUGCAAAGAUCUUGUUAUGUCGAAUUAUCAUUUUAGCGGAACUUGUGUUAUGAUGCCCCAGGAGGAUGGCGGUGUGGUUGAUCAUCGAUUGAAGGUCUACGGGACGAGCAACGUCCGGGUUGUUGAUGCGAGUGUCUUUCCUCUGGAGCCAAGGGGGAAUAUUCAAGCGACCGUUUUUGCGGUAGCGGAGAAGGCGGCGGAUAUAAUUAAGGAAGAUAGCAAGUAG